GUUUUCUCUCUGUACCUGAACGUGCUGAAGCCGAAAAUUAAAGUUUUAUCCAGUUUUUACUGUAUAUUCUUAAAUGGCGGACUUUGAAGACGAAUGGCAGGAGAGCGAGCCGCUGGCUGUAGCGGCGCCGCCGCCGAGAACUCACCAUGCAAGGGUGUUCCGCCCCAACACAGGACCAUCCGCCAGAGGUUCCCGGGGCCGCGGCAGCGGCACUGACUUUGGCUGGCGCGAACGCGACAGCCGGGACAACAGAAACACGGGCAAUCGCAACUGGAGACCGGUGGAAGAAGGUAACAGAAAAGUGAUGACCAUUCCGUCUACAAAAGUAGGCCGCGUGAUCGGGAAGGGCGGGAGUAAAAUACGCGAUUUGGAGUAUGAAUCCGAAGCAAAAAUCCAGAUCGGCGAUUCCAGCGGCUACGAAACCGAGCUUACUUUAGUAGGUUCUGAGUCUGCGAUUGCUAAGGUUGAGGAGCUGAUAAAUAGCCUUAUUGAGGAUUACAAGCCUCCACAGCAAGAGAGUUCGUCAAACAGCAAUAAAGCCUCUGGCAACAGUGUAACUACUUCAUUUUACAAGACAAAUGAAUUUGGUGUUCAAGUUAUAGACUGGGAAAAGCUCAAUAAACAAUACGAUGAACAACAGAAAAUGCGUUACGACAGCCUACCGCCGAUUGUUAAGGACUUCUACAAGGAAGACCCACAGGUGGCUGCAAUGAGUCCUGGUGACGUUAGUCGCUGGCGCAAAGCAAAUAAUGACAUACAAGUUAAACGGACUUUUGAUGAUAAACCUGGUUUGCGACCAAUACCAAAUCCUGUGAUAACAUUUGAGCAGGCAUUCCAGCACUACCCAGAGAUUUUGGAUGAGAUAUACAAGCAAGGUUUUACUCAGCCUUCACCCAUUCAGAGUCAAGCAUGGCCUAUCCUAUUGAGGGGUGAAGACAUGAUUGGCAUUGCCCAAACUGGCACAGGUAAGACAUUAGCUUUUCUUCUUCCUGCAUUGAUUCACAUUGAAGGGCAGACUGUCCCUCGAGAUCAAAGAGAAGGUCCCACAGUGCUCAUCUUGGCUCCAACAAGAGAACUGGCUUUGCAGAUUGAUAAAGAAGUAUCCAAAUACAGUUACAGAGGAAUCACUUCUGUUUGCUUGUAUGGAGGAGGAGACAGGAAGGAGCAGAUUAAAGUUGUUUCCAAAGGUGUGGACAUAGUCAUUGCAACACCAGGAAGACUCAAUGAUUUAAUUAUGGCACGGCAUCUUAACAUAAUCAACUUUUCCUACAUUGUUCUCGAUGAAGCAGAUAGGAUGUUGGACAUGGGUUUUGAGCCGCAAAUCAGGAAGUCCUUAUUUGAUGUGAGGCCUGAUAAACAAACAGUCAUGACGUCAGCCACAUGGCCCAAUGGAGUUCGACGUCUUGCAGAAUCUUACAUGAAGGAUCCAAUUCAAGUGAAUGUAGGAUCUUUGGAUCUUGCCGCAGUGCAUACUGUCACUCAGAAGAUUCAGUUUGUUGAGGAAGAUGACAAGGAAGCUGUUCUCUUGGAAUUCAUCCAGAACAUGGAGCCUACAGACAAGAUAAUAAUAUUUUGUGGUAAGAAGGCAACUGCUACACACAUCACCACAGACUUGGCAUGCAAAGGCAUAGAAUGCCAGUCAUUGCAUGGGGACAGGGAACAGAGUGACCGUGAGGCUGCUUUAGCAGAUAUGGUUGAUGGAACAGUCAACAUUCUGGUAGCUACCGAUGUGGCUUCACGUGGAAUUGAUAUCAAAGACCUGACACAUGUGGUGAACUUUGAUUUCCCACGCCAUAUAGAGGAGUAUGUGCACCGAGUUGGAAGGACCGGUCGAGCUGGCAAGACUGGUAUUGCGUUGUCAUUUGUCACGAGGAAGGACUGGGCCCAUGCCAAGGAUUUGAUCAAGAUUCUUGAAGAGGCAAACCAGGAGGUGCCUGGUGAGUUGGAACAGAUGGCAGAGAGGUUUGAAGCUAUGAAGCUGAGGAAGGAGAAGGAGGGAGGCGGUGGGAGGGGACGGGGCCGCGGCGGCGGACGCGGUUACAAUCGCUAUUGAUUUUGUACUCUAUUCUCAUUAACAUUUAAGGCAAUCUAUUUAUAUUGUCGUCUAUUCUUUCAUAGUGCAUGCAGAGAUUAUUGGAUGCGAAAAACACAUAUUAUCAUAAUUAUAUCCUAUCUAUGUAAUUUGAUAUAGGUUUCAAGAAUUUGCAACUGCAAGAGAACAUCUUUUUGUGAUAUUUAAUAUUUAAACUAUUUUUCGCAUGCGAAUUCUACAUGAUGUGAUAUAGCAUCCGAUUUUCGCUGUAAUUCUGGUCAAGUUAAGACUGCACCUACGAAUUUAAUGUUUAAAACAUAGUUUCCACAUCAUAGAACAGCGAAACGCGCAGAUUCACUCCGAAGAUACAUAGUGAGUGAAGAUAAGUACAUUACGUACUUAUGUAUGUCACGAGUAUUAAUUUGUACACACUUUGGUACCAUGUCACAUUAACUUUUGUGACAAAUUGAAGUGUAAGUCUCACUAAUUGUCAAAUAUGUUACUGCGACAGGGUUCUAAAGAGGGUACAGGGUGUUGCUCAUGAUUGUAUGCAUAAUAAUAAUCUAUUUUGGAAAACUGCAGUUCCAUUAGUGUUCUAAUGAAGUGUGUAGGAAUAAACAACUUUUGCUAUGAAUCCUAAGAUUGGUCUUCUAGGUCUAUAUUGGAAUCGACGUGAACUCGCUCUUUGAUGAUGUCGGAAGUCGAAACCUAAACAAGUUAUAUUUUUUAUAUUGUUGUCAAUACUUUAAGUUAAGUUUUUGAAUCUCUUGUGUAAUUAUAUACUGCUGGGCAGUUAUUAUCAUGAGCCAAGUAAAAAUUAGUAAAAUAUAUUUAUUGCUUAAGUUAUUUGAGCUUAGCUGAAAGCAUACCUGGAGAAUAUUAGUUUCAAUCUAUACUUAAUAUUAUAUUCUGGUAAAAUAUAUGUUAGAUUAAGACUCUUAAGAGUGUUAUUUUUAUAUUCUGGUAGAUAUAUACAUUAUCUAUGUUAUAGCGCCUAGGAUUAGUGAUCGAACGUUUAAUGUAGCCAGAUUCGACUCAAUUUAUAAGUUUAUUUCUAAAAUUUACUCGUUCGAGAAUUAAAGCCGCCUUUGGUUUGGUGGUGAAAGUAUUUAACCAUAAUGCAUUUACGAGUUAAAAAAAAAUAAUAAUAAUAAAAAAAAUUAUUUAGGUAAAAUCUACGACACACAUAUACAAUUAAAACAUUAAAAUAUACACACAUAAAAAAAAAAAUGAAAAUGUCGAAAUGUUAAUUAUGGAUGAUUAAUUCGAACUUUACAUGCUAAUGGAGCUUCAUUGAGUUGUGUCCAAGAUAUAUUCUAUCUUACUCCAUUGUGGGGAAGAGGUUUGUGCACCUCAGAGUGGACUCAGUAGCGGCCCUAGCAAAAUAUCUAGGUGGUAUGAGACCUCGAGAGUGGCGCCCCUCGUAAAAUACAGUAUUUUUCGAUUAGUUUAUGGCUGAAAUAUAACUAAUUAGAUCUUUUAAAAAUGACGUUUACGGCCACCCAUUAAAUGUAUGAGUUUUAUGUGGCCGCUAAGAGGUCUAAUUCACAGGGCAGGUGUGCCCAAUCCAGUUACUCCCCUGUAGAUUCGGAGCUGCCAGUCAGGGUGGUCCCGUCUGGUUGAUUUUGGCGCCCCCUUCAAAUACGGCGCCCGGUGCCAUCGCACCGUUCGCACCGCCCUUGAGUGGGCUGGGAAGUAUAUUAUUCAUUCCUUAAAUAUGGGCAUAUUUAUGACUAGAAUUGUUGUAAUCUUCAAAGAGAGAUUUAGGCUGUUUUGAUGUUAGAUACAGGUAAAAUACAAACUAUACUUCAUAAUAGAAUAAUACUAAGUAUUUAACUUUAUACUUGUGCUUAUUCCGGCAGACACAAUCUUCAUUUUAUCAAUCUUCAUUUUAUUUUAGUUUAUAAAAAAAAAUAGGGCCAUCCUUCUAAGUGCAUGUUAGAGAUGGUUUUAGAACAGCCAACUAAAACAAAAUUUAGUUCGUCUGCCAGAAUGCGCAGCAUUGAUCUACAUAAUAUGUAUUUUUAGAUUCCAGGUCAAGUAUUUAACUUAAGACUGACUUAGUUUCUUUAUCCCUGAGAGUAUUACGUAAUAUCAAAUAACAAAAGUACCCAGGCUUAGCCGUAGACUUUAGCCUGAGGUGGUUAUUUAUAGUUUUUAAUUAGAAAUAUGAAAAAAAGUUGUGUUAUACGACUAUUUUUACAUUCGUUUUAUGUAUAAGUUGUCAGCCUCUAUGGUCCUGUAAACCGGCUUGCCUCUUAAAGCACAGGACCAUACUGGGGUGGGUGAGGAGUACUGGUUGGUCUGCGUUACCGGACUUGCGCCUCAGGGCUGCCAGUUCGUUAAAGUUAAUAUCCAGAAACCAGCAAGUUUGCCUUGCGACUGACGCAACGCUAAGCCGCACAACUCAAUCACAUGACCUAACAAAAGCUGGACACUGCUGGCUGGCAACCCAAGCUGCUGGCCAAGUGCAAUUUUGUAUAACACAGUUGCACACAACAACUAUCGACCUUUAAACAAGGCGAUAAGGUUCACCACCUAUCACGUACGUGGGUGCUUAGGUCAUCAUGCGAUGGUCUGUACCUUUGACUACUUCAGUUGGCAAUAUAGUGCAGUGAGCUUACAUUUAUAAGUUACUUUUAGGCUUUUUCAAUGUACCUGUAAAAACUUCCUUUCCUCAAAAUGUAAACAAAUUCACCCACCGUUAACCUAUUACUUAGGGGAAUUAUUAUUGGAAUAGAUUUUAAAUAACUAUGAUCUCGUUUUGUGCUUGUAUUUGACCGCCAUUUUGUAUUUUUUUCCGAUGGCGGAAAGUUGAGCCUAAUAUUUUUGUAGUAAUUCAAAAUCCAGUUGUCUGUAUUCUCAUAUGCAAAGUAUGUGUAGAUUUAAAUCAUAAUGGGGAUGUAAAUCUCACUGGUGGUUCUUACCACAUUAUAGUUGUGAUAAAACUUGAAAACAUUUAUUCUUCUAGCUUCUAAGGUUUGACAAACAAAUAAAAUAUUAUGUAUGGAA